GGUAUUUUGAAUUCAGCUAUGUUGAAAGUCUAAAUAUUGUUUGAAGACAGUCCAACAUUUUUAACUAUCCAUAUUAUUAUUCAAAUCACUUUAGAAUGGAGUACAUUUUCGGUUAUAUUUUAGCCAUGUCGGCUACAGGGACUGCCCCCUCAGCAGAACAAGUUGAGGAAGUUGUGAUAUCUCUCGGAGUUGAAGUUGACCAGGCGAAAUUGAGAAGAAUUAUUACACGUUUUCACGAUCAGGAUAUUAGGCACGUAAUAAAUCAAGUUAAGGAAGACAUGUUAUGGACCCAGAGCAGCUCAGCAGCAUUGGAUGGACUGUUAACAAUCAUUAACAAUAAUGAAACUAUACUUGAAGAAAAAAAUGACAUGAUUAGGAGCUUGCAAUCAGAGAAUGAUUAUUACUGUACAAUGAAUAGGCAAUUAAUCAAAAAAUCAAAAUCGCGGAAUCAUGAACAGAUUUUUCCAUCUGAUGUUUCACAUGUUUCUGACAUCCAAGAAAAUAUCCCAUUGGUCUCGCCCUCUACAUCGGCUACUCAUGGUUCAAGUCUCGUUCUUAGACCCCCACUUUCAAUUAUUCAAGCACCACGCCAACCAGCUAAAAGGAACCAAACAGAAGCCAAUACGAACUAUUUGAAGAAAACCAAGCAAAUUUCCCCCAAGACUAGUUUUCAAGGAAUAUUUGGCACUUCAAAAGUGAAUUUGAUGUCUCAUCUUGUUUUGGAAAUUGGAAAUCAAAAUGUUUUCAUCAAUCCCAGGCCAGGUGUUAUUGAGUAUGUACAAUUGAAAAAGGAAGACAUAAAAGACAACUCUGACUGCUACCAAAUCUGGGUUGGGCGCGUGAGGAACCUCCAUCAAGGAUGUGAAGUAAUUGAUCGAAACCUUUUCGGAUUUACCAUACAAAAAAAUGUUCAAGUAGCUGCUUUUGAUAUUUUGCAAAAAAUCCGACGCAAGAUCCAUUUCCCUUUAACAGCAGAUGCUUGUUCAAGUUGGACGGAUUUCCGAGAAGGAUUAUUCGUGAGAGUCGAUGAAGUUUUCCCAAUAGAUAUUUUUAUGUUGUCGGAUUAUGUAUCAAAACAAGUCAAGUUUGAUCUGAAGAAGAAUCAUAAGGGAUUGGGAACAUUGAAGUCCGAGACGGCAAAACUUCUGAUGGAUACGCACCAACCAAUACUUAAUGAAGCUAUGUCUCGUUAUUAUGAAUACUGCAAAGGUCUCACUCGUCACGCCAUUCCUGACGUUGAUAUGAACAACUUGCCCAAACCUGGGUUCACACGGACUGAUGAAGAUAAAACUUGUCCAUAUUGCAAAAAACUUUUUGCAACGGUCCAAAAUAAAAAUAGACAUCUUAAUUCCGGUUGUGAUGGACUCCCAAGGCCAAAAAACCCUCACCCCCCUAACAAACCAUCUCCACUCGAAACUUUGUUUUCGUCGACGCUACCUCGUCCAACAUUUGACGUGGUGUUUGCAAGGACAUUAUCAACCAAUUCGAGAAUGUAUUGUGGCGGUCUGGGAAAGAACGUAUCCCAAGAGUAUUUGAGAAGUAAGUUCUCCGAAUUCGGACAGAUCAAAGUGCUAGUGAUGGAAGAAGGAAGUGGAUUCGCAUUUAUAGAGUACGAAGACAAGCAUGACGCUACCAAAGCCAUUAUCAAUGUUAACAAUACAGUUAUUAGUGGAAAUACUGUAAUUUGCUCCUGGGCAAAAUAAUUAUUAUAUUAAUUAGUUUAACAGUCUGUUACAAAAAUAAAUAAGCUACUACGAUG